AUGUCCCAAGCCAAUAAAGAAUCAACUGGCGGUACCCUUGGCCAACAUUCAAAUGAUUCGGUUGGUCAAGAAAUGGGUAGUACUAAACCAACUGGAUCCGUUCGAACAAGCGAUGGAUCAAGUACAGAAGGUAAUCGAGAAUCGACCGGUGGUACAAUGGGACAUGUAGCUACUAGUGGUUCAUCAACAGUGAGUGCUCCUCAUCAAGAACAGCAAGGCGGUAGUGCUGGAUCAAGCGGAAGUCAAAGUGUAUCAAAUAAUCAAACAGGAAAAACAGCCUCUUCAUAA